UACAUCUCUGAGGAACACUGGCUGUCAGUGUGUUUUUUUCCAAGUUGUGUUUUAAGAAUAUUUAGUCAUUUGGGGUGUCUUGCUACUGAACAAAACAUUCUCCAACUUGCUAUGGCCCCAUUCCCUCUUGUGAACCGGCGCCACGUGGGAUGUCCUGGGGGAAGUCCACAACUCCGAGUUGUCCUCCCCGCCCUUAUUAUUAGCUUGAGCCCCACCCCUGGACCGAUAACAGCCGCCGAAGGGUAUCGCUGUCUUGCAGAGGCCAGCGUGUGUGUUGAUGAUGGCGAACCUGUACCCACCGAAGAUCAGCCCGACCCUGAUGACCCCGGACCCUCACUACAUCCCCGGCACAAGUACCAUCUCGGACAAAGCUAUGGCAAGUUAACAUCUAAACUACUCAGAAAUCCUGCAAUAAGACAUUCUGGGCAAUUGCUUCUCCAGCCAAACCUGUAUAGAGAAACCAACUAUAACAUGGAAACCAAGCAAAAUCCAACUCUACUUCAAAGUUAUAAAGCCAGCAGGAAGGCACAAAAACUGACCGACUCAGUGGUUUCUGGAUACACAGGUUUUAUUCCCAGAAGUAAGGGGUAUUUUUCAAAAACCUUCACUGAAACCUGCAUGGAUGCAUUUGCAGAGUUUGAAAGGGAACAGCUUAAAGCUGCAUCAAAGAAACAAGAAAUGGAAUUGAUAAAUGCAUUACAGACAGGGAAAACUGCAGGGAUGACUGAGCAGGAGAAGAAACUUCUAACAGUCAAGUAUAGGACACCUUUUACUGCAAUUACCAGCAAUCCCAUACUUUAUGAUUCAUCACGUUCUCAUAAAAUACUGACCUCUCCGUACUUAAUGGAAAAUGAAGACCCUAAUAAACAUUUUAUGUCUGGGUACAAAGGAUAUGUACCUCGUGCCCGAUUCCUGCUUGGCUCCGGGUACCCUACCAUCACAAACUAUGCCUUGAUCGAAUUCAACCAAAUGCUUAAUAAAUCAAAAGCUGCCUUAAACUCUGUGAAACAGAAUGAAAUAUUUCCACAGAUUUAUCCCUCAAAACUCGGAAUGCUGCCAUGUACCAGGAUUUAAGUAUCAAUUUGGUCACCUUACCCAGGAUGCACUGGGAUUGAGCACCAUUCAGAAACAAAUGGUGGUUUGAAAACCUAAUGGAGCAAAUCUCAUAACUGUGAUCAACAUUCAGGAAAUAAAAUAAACUGUAUGUUUUGGUUUACAAAUUGCAAACAUAUAACUUGAGCAUUGACAGCAUGCAGGAAGUACAAAUAACCAGAAUUCUUGCUUCUGAACAUAGCCAAUUAUUUUUUUAUUUAGAGGUACAGGAUGGAAACGGGUCCUCCUGAUCCAACGAGGCCACGCUGUCCAAUUAUACCCAUGUGACCAAUUAACAUAGAAACA